GCAACGGAAGUGUUUUGAACUUUCCAGAUGGGAUAUAUUAGAUUAAAAACUUCUCGGACGCGUAGAGGAAGUCGUUAACAAAACUCACGGUAUAGAGACGUAUAUCUUUAGCGCAAGAUAAUGGCGUAUAUUUGAUAUUUAACGUUAAUGUUAGUUAGCUUACUUAGUUUCUGCUCAACCGAGCUAAUGUUAGCAACAAGCUUGGGACUGUAACUACACUGUAACUAUCAGUUAAUGCUAAAUGUAAAGUUUUUGUUUUGUAGCCAACGUAAAAUUACUACAAGUAUCAUAAAAUGUGUAUGAGACAUUUAUGAACUAAAGGAAGUCAGUGAUUAUGUGAAAUUUAACUGAACUUGCUUUAAAGCAUUUAUCCUGAACGAGCUAUCGUAAAGGUGGACAGUCACAUGCACAGCUUUCUUCUAAUAACUAAUCAAAGACUCAUCUGCUGUCUACGCCAUAUAGUAUUAUAGAUAAUGUCUUGAUAGUGCACUCAACUUGUAGGAAUUGACGAGUUUGAAUAGGUGACUAGUUAGUUUAUAAACUCUUCGCCAUGGCAAGUGCCUUGGCAGCGAAAAUGGGAUUUAACUCAUUGAUGAGAAAACAAGCCAGGAACUUCAACGUCAGGAUCUGCACAAUGGAGUCAGACAUGGAGUUCAGCUGCGAGGUCAAGUGGAAAGGAAAAGACCUUUUUGACUUUGUGUGCCGGACUCUGGGACUGAGGGAGACGUGGUUUUUUGGGCUCCGCUACAACAUCAAAGACACGGUUGCUUGGCUGAAGAUGGAAAAGAGGGUUCUGGAUCAGGAGAUACCAAAGGAGGAACCAAUUACCUUUCACUUCCUGGCCAAGUUUUACCCUGAGAAUGCAGAGGGGGAGCUGGUGCAGGAUAUCACACAGCAUCUCUUUUUCUUACAGGUGAAGAGGAAGAUCCUUGAGGAGGAGAUUCACUGUCCACCCGAGGCCUCUGUGCUGCUGGCCUCCUACGCCGUUCAUGCCAAGUAUGGAGACUAUGACCCCAAUGUUCACAAACCUGGAUUCUUGGCUGAGGAGGAACUGCUGCCAAAGAGGGUGAUUAACUUGUACCAGAUGACUGCAGAAAUGUGGGAGGAGAGAAUCACAGCGUGUUAUGCAGAGCACAGAGGCAGGACGAGGGAUGAAGCUGAGAUGGAGUAUUUAAAAAUAGCUCAGGACCUGGACAUGUAUGGCGUCAAUUACUUUUUAAUCAGGAAUAAAAAGGGAACAGAUCUACUUUUGGGAGUGGACGCCCUCGGUCUGCACAUCUACGAGCCGGACAACAGGCUGACACCCAAGUGCUCCUUUCCUUGGAAUGAGAUCCGCAACAUCUCCUACAGCGAUAAGGAGUUUACCAUCAAACCUCUUGACAAGAAAACCAAUGUUUUCAAGUUCAACUCUUCACGGCUGAGAGUCAACAAACUGAUCCUCCAGCUGUGUAUAGGGAACCAUGACCUGUUUAUGCGGCGCCGACGGGUUGACUCACUUGAAGUACAGCAGAUGAAGUCUCAGGCCAGAGAGGAGAGAGCCAGGAAACAGGUGGAGAGGCAGCGUCUGCAAAGGGAAAAGCAGCUGCGGGAGGAGGCAGAGAGAGCCAGGGAUGAGCUGGAAAGGAGACUGAUUCAGCUGCAGGAUGAGGCUCACAUGGCCAAUGACGCACUGCUGCGUUCAGAGCAGACGGCGGACCUGCUGGCUGAAAAGGCCCAGAUCGCGGAGGAGGAGGCUAAGCUGCUGGCCCAGAAAGCUGCUGAGGCCGAGACAGAGAUGCAACGCAUCAAAGUGACUGCCAUCCGUGGCCAGGAGGAGCGGCGGCUCAUGGAGCAGAAGAUGCUGGAGGCAGAGAUGCUGGCCCUGAAGAUGGCCGAGGAAUCGGAAAGGAGGGCCAAGGAGGCUGAGCAGCUGAAACAGGACCUGCAGGAAGCAAGGCAGUCGGAGCGCAGGGCAAAGCACAAGCUGCUGGAGAUUACCAGCAGAGCUGUCUAUGCGUCCCCUGGACUGCCAUCUGACAGCAUGCCUCCCGACCUGAGCUUCAGCAGGGAGAACCUCAGCUUUGAUUUUAAAGAUACCGACAUGAAACGCCUCUCUAUGGAGAUUGAGAAGGAGAAGGUGGAGUACAUGGAGAAGAGCAAGCAUCUGCAGGAGCAGCUUAAUGAGCUGAAGACCGAGAUUGAAAGCCUCAAGAUGAAGGAGAGGGAGACUCCUCUGGACAUCAUUCACAACCAGAACGCAGAGCAGGGGACCAGCAAGCACAGCAACUUUAAAAAGCUAACACUACAGAGCACCAAGACCAGAGUGGCCUUCUUUGAGGAGCUUUAAACUACAUGCCUGUGAAGUUGGGGAUGCACAACUGCCAACAACCUCAUGAAUCUACAUUCCAGGACAGUUUAAAUGAUUGACCACACUACCAGAGCUUCUGCUCGACUUCUUGGGAAACCACUAUGAAACACAAAAAAAUGACCACUGCCUUCGUCUGCACCAACUCUAGAGGCCUCGUGUACGCACAAACAAAAAUGCAUUCAUAAUAUUCCUGCACUAAAUCUUGGAUUCAGAAAGAAUUGAGUCUGUGUUUACAGAAAUAAUAUGUGAAAUACUGCACAUUCUCCAUGAGUAUUUCGAAGUGAACUUGGUUUUGGGUUUUAUUAAUGUCACAGAACAAAGGUAGGCAAUACAAGGAGAGAUCAAAAUGGUCUUUGACUGCUCCAGUUCCACUGUGGCUCUAAUGAGACAGUAUCUGUGGAGUUCACAAUGGUUAUUGUAUCGUGUCUAAAUGAGAUGACCUACAUUAUUUGACUGCCUAACUGUUUUGAAAUUCAAAUAGAAAUAAACCACUAAGGGAUAAAGUUGAAAAAGAAAAUGAACUGAUUAUGUGGCUGACAUGUUGCCCUUACCUUGACUCAAAUAUUUAAUAUCUUGGCAGCAAAAUACUGUAUUGUUCUAGACUGCCCUCUACUUUCACACCAACUAUUUGAUUCCUAAAGGCAAAAACAAAUUCCUUCAUACAGUAUACUCUCUCUUUCCUUAAAGUAAUACUUCAUCCCCCAAAUGAUCCUUUGUAUAUCAACAACUCACCCUGUUAUAGUGACUUUCUCACAUGCCUCAGGUGAACAAAAAAUCCAAAAAUAAAGUAACAUUUUUGCUACUCCUGCUACUUGAGGUCACAGGAAUCCACGUUUAACAAAACUAUCUCAAACGUCUCACUCAACUCAUGCAAUAAAAUCCAAGUUUCAUUUAUCCAGUUAUAUGCCCAGUACUUCCCAAACAGACAGUUCCUCCAUCAGGGAAACAAACAGGAAGUCAGAGGCCAACUCUAUUUUCAAAAACAGUAAUUUUCCAUUGCUCAACAUGGUAGUUGCUGGUCUAUCUCUGCCUUGACCAGUAAGUUCAUUGUGCUUUUGUUUUGACUUUGGUGUUUUAAAGUGUUAGUUAGGAUUCAUUUUCGUUAUUGUUAAAGAAGUAUUUCACCGAUAUGAAGAGGGUCCUCACAUAAAACUAGGCUGUCUAUGCAGUAGUUAGACA